GUGACAGUGACACACAACAUGAACUGACAAAGUGCAAAAUAUUUUUAUUUUUUUCAUUUACCUGUUUUUCUUUUAGUAUCCUCGGAAAAUUUCGUAAGACCUAAUAUUUAUGUUUCGCAAGAGGUAAUUUAGUUCAUCCACAACUGCAGUCAUAUUUUUAGACGACUUGCUAAUGACCACAGCUUGGCGUUGAAGAAACAAGAUAUUUCUGAAGAGAUUCUCUCACAGAAAGCAGGUUGCACAGAUAAACUACUAGUGAAAACUAGUUUUUUAGGGGGUCAACAUUGUGCAACAGCCUGCCUGAAGAGGCUUUUCUGUUUUGCUAACCCUACUCAGUUCAAAGGUUACUUCAGGAUAAAAAAUAAUCAUCAAUUCUUGAAUGCUAAAUCUACUAGAAAAUACUGCUGACAUCAUAAUUAGAUUUGCAGAAUCUAUCACAUCUCAAUUCCUGAAAGAUUCAGAACCCGGGAUACUUUCAAGCGAUAAAAUUACCUAAUAAUGGAGGAAACAUUUUACAAGGAUCUGCUUAUUGAAUUAGAAUGUCCCAUUUGCACUAGCUACAUGGUCCCCCCUAUUAGACAAUGUUCAACAGGUCAUAGUGUAUGUGAAUCAUGCAGAAACAAACUACAGAAAUGUGCUCUAUGUCAGAGCAACUUCUCAGACUCCAGAAAUAUAUCAUUAGAAGGCCUUGCGGUGAAAAUGAGGUAUCCGUGUGCAUAUAGGGUGUCUGGAUGUACUGCAUCACUGGCUUAUAAUGAAAGGGAGGGACACAAACUGAACUGCAGGUACAGAGGAUUUGCUUGUGCAAUGGAAAAAUGCACAUGGGUUGGACCUUUGGAGGAAUUGGCAGCUCAUUGGGCCUCCAAGAAAAUGACAAGUAGACCAUACCAUGUGAGCAACUUAUGCCACACCAAAAUGAAGAACGAGGCAUAUUAUGUUAACAUUGUUGAAGCAUACAAUAAAAUGUUUUGGUUCAAGUGCAAACUAAGCAAUAAGAAACUGUUUUGGGCUGUACAACAUAUAGGGAACAUAGCUGAGGCAGAUGAAUAUUUUUAUGAAAUAGAAAUUUUCAAGCCUUGUCGUACCAAAAGAAAAGUAUUGAUGAGUGAUUAUUGUCAACCAAUUGACAUUCCCAACGCGCAUUUGUUAAAGGAGGGUGGUUGUAUUUGGAUGAAUACAGAACUAGUGGAGGAUUUUGUCAAUGAAGAUCAGCUGUUGGUGUAUUAUAUGAGGGUGCAUCAGGUGGGUCCAAGAAAUAUUAAGGACGACGCAUCUGCUUCAGCCUCAGACAGAACCAUGAAAAAGCACAGAGAUAGAUCCAAAGGGCCUCCAAAUAACCCUAGAUUGAAAGAAUUCAAACAAAAAAAGAAAGUUAAGGACCAAGCUAAUGAUGGAUUUGUAUUGGUUGAUGUGGAACGGCGUUGUGAUACUAAUUGACAAAGAUAAAAAUAUGUUUUAGGGAUGUUACUAAUGGUGUACCAAUGAGACAUUAAUACACGUAUUGUCGUCAUACUUGCUUUUCGGCAUUUGUCGUAGAAAAACGAAGAAGUAUCUGACGGAUGACAAACGUACAGGAUAAAAGGCCGUCCAAUCAAAAGUAAAUUAAAUGAAUUUGCGGAAAAAAUCUGAAGACCAAGUUAGUUAAUGAGAAUAAUAAUUCCAUAAUGUAGGAAUGGUAUCAGAUAUAGAUAUAUAUAUAUAUAUUGUUGGCUUAUCUGUCUUCUGUUUUCAUCCAUUUUUUUCCAACAAAGGAGUUUCACUUUCAUAUGUAUAAUUACUUGGAAAUAUUAAUCCAAGUACAUUGAAUGCGUGAUCUUGUUGUUACACCUUUUUUAAGCUAGCUUUCAAAUAGUCGGAUGUCAAUACGCUUGCAUUUUAUAAUAAGACUAUAAUCGCAAUAAACAAAAACACAUUACUGAGCAUUGUAUAAUGACAUAAGUAACAAAAGCUUUAAUGUUUACUACUAGUGGACUGGAAGGAUGCGUGCAACAUGUCUUGGAUGUAUAACAUAGUGUGUAACCCUGAGGAAGUUCCUAAAUGCUUCUGCACUCCGUAAUCAACUGAUGAUUCGUUAGACGUCUGGCAGUCUAACUACACAAGUAGUUCCGCGACAUUAUAAGGAAUUUACAGAUAUUUUGUUGAUUCGUUUUUUGAAUCCAGUAAAUUUAAACUGCAUGCUUCAUACAGGGUGACACAUGGGAACCUGACGUUUUUGGGAUAGCGAGUACUCAGCCGGUAUGAGGAGUUGGGAACGGAAUUAUCGAGCAUUGAUUACCCGACUGGAUGCCGUUUCAGUAGCUAUGGAGCAGUUGACAGUGAAGCAUCGCAUGUUUGCGUAUGACGCAUUUGUGCAAAAUGUUGGGUUUAUUACUACCGUAUAGCGACUUUUUCGUGUGCAUUUUUAGCGUAGGCGUCGUGAUGCUGUUCCCAGCCGCAACACGAUUCUAGUUGGUUUAAGAGAUUACGGACGAUAGGAUCUAUUCUGAAAAAGAAGUCCCCAGGUCCAACAAUAACGGCAAGAGCAUCAGAAAGCAUUGCGAGAGACGCCGUGACUCGUAGUCCUGGGCGCUCUGCUCGUAAACACGCGUUGGAAUUGAGGAUGAACCGUGAAUCUGUGAGAAGAAUUUUACAUCACGACUUGAAGUUUCAUGCGUACAAGAUGUGUGUUGCUCAAAAAUUUCACGAUUAUGCGCAACGGAAGGAGUUUUGCUUCUCAAAUGUAAGCCCUUCUGGAAGACCAUGAGAAUGCUGUGAUUAUCAUGAGUGACGAGGCGUAUUUCCAUUUGGUUGUUGGUUAUGUUGAUAAACAGAAUUUGCGGUACUGGUCCGAUGAAAAUCCUCGUGGAAUUCACGAAAAACCUUUACACUCAAGAGCGCGUAACGGUUUGGUGCGCAACAACUCCUUUCGCUGUCAUUGGUCCCUAUUUUUUUCGAAGACGAGAACGGGACAGCCGUUGCAGUCAAUGCCGAACGUUACUCUCACAUGUUAAACACAUUCUUGCGUCCCGAACUGCACAGACUGGGAAAAAGCUCGGAAAGUGUUUUUUUCACUGCUCGUGUGUCUAUGCAAGUGCGUCGAGGCAUGUUUCCAGAAAGGCUAAUUUCACGAUUUGGCGACAUUCAAUGGGCGCCCAGAUCACCUGAUUUGAGCACAUGCGACUUUUUUGUGGUGGUAUCUGAAAGCACCAGUGUAUAUUCACAGACCCCGCACAUUGGCAGAACUGAAAGUGGCAAUCAGUGACGAAGUUGCACUAAUCGACGAUGCAAUUAAGACGCAUCUGAUGAACAAUUUUCGGGGAAGGCUGGAACAAUGCAUUCAUGCGGAUGGGUACCACUUAUGUGACAUUAUCUUCCACAAAUGAUAUACCACGUUAAAUGGCAUCUAGUGACGAACAAUAAAUUAAAAAAAAACGUCAGGUUCCCGUCUGCCACCCUGUACAUCCUUGUUGUACAUACUUUAUAUCUCAUUUUGUAGCUUUAAAUUAUUCCAAUAUGUAUAGGAUUCCUAUUAUUGUAUGUCAGAGUUAGUAUGUUUUUAACAACCUAAUUUCCUAAUAUUUGUAUAAUCUAGCUGUCUUACAUGCUUUAGACAAAAUGUUACUGUUAUUCAUAUUUACAGAUUGUUGUUUAUACGAAUAAGACACUUUUGGCACUAUUUUUAUAUUAUAUAUGUGCAGAACUGAUAUUGAAAUGCAUAACAUAUUAUAUUGUUUUUUUAAUCCCAGCUUCUUGUUCCCCUUCGAGUGCCGUGUCAUCGAAGAUUGGCGAUAAUAGCGGGAUCCUCUAGCCGCUAAAUUUGGCUACGCGA